AUGGUGUGGGCAGGAACUCCAAUGGAGAGUCUCACAGAGUUGGUUGUUUUUCGUGGAGGGUCUUUGAUAGCACCUCGCUAUGUAGACGAAUUUUUGAAACAUCAUGCGUUGCCUAUCCUCGAUGAAAUCAGCGACAAGCCUAUUAUAAUGCACAAUAAAGAACCCUACUUCAUUUCGUCCAUUGCCAACGUUACUGUUGCUUUGGGAAGAGAAGCAAUUCUUACCUGCUCAACUGCCAGUUUGGAUACAUACAGGGUCGCUUGGAUUAGAGAGGACGAUCAGACUGUUCUAAGCCUUCAUAAAAGAGUCGUCACACAUAAUUCCAGGGUGACCGUCAGCAGCGACGGUGACACGAUUUGGAAACUGCACAUCAAACAGGUCAAAGAGUCGGACCGCGGUUGUUACACUUGCCAGAUCAACACGAGCAGCAUGAUUAAACAGUCUGGCUGUAUAGAUGUACAUGUUCCGCCUGAGAUUCUUGACCGGGGUUCCAGUUCGGAUGUUGCAGUCGACGAGGGCGGAAACGUAACUUUAUAUUGCCAAGCCAAGGGGCACCCGAUGCCAAAAAUCCAAUGGAGGAGAGAAGAUAACAAUUUCAUCCCAAAUACUUCUGAAGAAGUUGUUUUCGGAGACGCUCUCACAUUAACAAACAUUGAAAGAAGCCACGUCGGGGCCUACCUCUGCAUUGCGAGCAACGACGUACCUCCCGCAGUGAGCAAGAGGAUUGCACUUAGCGUUAAUUACCCUCCAGAAGUUAGGGUGUCCCACGAGGUGGUCGGGGCACCGGUUGGUAGCGACAUCAGGAUAUUUUGCUACGUUAAAGGCUACCCGGCUACAGUUAAUUCGUGGGUUUUCAGCAAUCACACGCUGCCCCACAGCGGCCGAGAAAGGGUCGUCAGCGAAGAAACAGGGCCGGAUUCGACAACUUUGAGCUUGACUUUAUUUAACGUGGAGACUGAAGACUUCGGCCCUUAUGCUUGUCAGUCUAACAACUCUUUAGGCCUGGCGCAGGCUUAUUUCAGAUUAUACGAAAUCAAAACGUCCACUACAACAACUACAACUACCACGACUACAGUUAAACCACCUGAGCCAACAACAAUAGAAACGACGCAUUGGCCAGUUUAUACAUCACAUGAUCCACCACAUGAAGACUAUACCAAUGCAGAGAUAGACGACUAUGAAAAUGAGCUUGAAGAAAAAGGAGUUGGAGCCAGGAGUAGUCAUAUUUCUCAAAGUGUUUCCCUCCAGCCAAAAUUAAUAAUUCUCAUUAUUUCCCUACUGGCGUAUUUUUUUAGGUGACAUAAAUAAAACAAAGACAAAAAAAGAAGAAAUAUCCUCUGAUGAAAAGAAAUCAUACUAUUGGAUUAUAAACAUCUUUUUCCUUUCCAUUUUAGCAUAAAAAUAUUACAUUAUUUUUUUAUUUGUUUAAGAUGUAAUUCAGAUAGUUUGUAAAAUAUAUAUGUACAAAUUACCCGAUUACCAAAUUUUAGUAAAUGGUUUAUAUGAUGUACAAAAUCAUUUCUAAUUAGUAUAGAUAUAUUGUAUAUAAUUAUUGCAUUGUUACAAUAAUGAAAUUAUAGCUAUUUAAAUAUGACUAUGUAUCUUAGGCGCUUGUAAUAUCAUUUUUACUUACUUUUCAUGUUAAGUAGAACUGAUUCAUACUUUUCCCAGGGAAAACUAUUUCUAAGAGUUUUUGUUAUUUAUAGUACAAAAUAAUGUUGUUAGAUAACUUAUUAAAAAAACAAUUAGAUUUAUGAAAGAUUAAUGUGCAUGAUCGAUGUGAAUACAAGUAAAUAUCAAACAUAUUUACAUUAUACCUAAAUGUACCUGUUAAUUUAAUAAAUUGUUAUUAAUGUUGAUCAAAUUAGUAAGGUAAAAUUCUGUUUAUAAGAAUUUUCUAUGUUGAGCACCAAUAAAAAAUGUUAUUUCAUCUAA